ACCCUACUGGACUUAGUACUACAAGUACUAAUACUAGCAGUAUUGCCACACCCAAUGUCCAAUCAACAAUGCAUGUGGCUGUCUCGUACCUGCCUUGAUUGGAAUCAAGGACCGCGACCCCUACUUCUUACAGCUGGUGGCCUGUUCAAUUCCUGAAGAGGUUUUUCAUGUCACAAGGGCCAGUCUACUCCAAUCCCUAGGUGGCUAAUACUUGGGACUCUUGACGCAUACCGAGUCUGCUUGUUUCAAUUGACUAUAACAUACUUCAUGAAAAUCAACUCGCCUGAUAUGGCAACAGACAAUCAGGGUUGCGGAGCAAACAGACGCCGCCAGGUAUUCUCAUUUUCAGGCACUCUUCGCCCCUCAAUAGCAAGAAGAGCCAGGAUUGUAAGACCUCCUGCUCCUCCACCAUCGUGCGAGGAAAGUGUCCAUUAUCCGGUCUUCAACCCUCUUGAUCCUCGACAUAACCCCGCCGUUGUUACACCUUCAUGGAAUAGGGGCGGCUAUUAUACCUCUCGAAAUACCAACCUCGAAAGCCCUGUAAGCUGGGUACAGACUUUGUCCAAAAGGUCGCUUCGGAGAGCACGCUCAGGACUUAUAGCUCUGAGAAUGGGAAUGCAGAGGCGGGCUUCUAUCUUCGGUACAAAUCGCACCGCUAAUAUACCUCGGGCUUGGCCUUCAUCUGAUGCCACAGAGGGUUCCUCGGACCAGCAGGAUGACGCCUCCUUCCCAUCAACAAUUUCUGAAGCCAGCACAGAGGAAGACUCUGAUUUUGGAACUCAUCUACAUCGAACAGAGUGCAACGACGCUUCUUCACUGAGUUUUAAUGUGGAUACAUGCUUGGACAACUGGCCAUUCUCUGUCACGAUUACUGAUCUCAACCCCUUCCAGGAACUGACUGAAGGAUAUUGGCCGCCUGGCCUCUUUCUAACCGAGGCGGCACAUAGUAUCUUUCCGAGGGACUCGAAUGAGGGAAAUAAUGGCUUGGGAUUGCAGAUUGCGAGGGAAUUGACUACUGGGGACUAUAUCCAAUUGGACGACUUUUUCAUGAACGAGUCGGAUUCUGAAUCAGGGGACUCACUUCCCAGGCUCAGCAGUUCAACCAAGAGCCUCCCUGAACCUGGCUGUUCUCAAAUAACAGGUGCCGAGGCCGAGCCCUCGCAUUUAACCAUCUUGACACCAUUGUCCAACAACCUACUAGCACCAGUCUCCCUUCGAGGCCCAAGUAUCAAUGGGAACACCUCUCAGACCAUGUCCCCUUUACCUUCCCUCAGCUUGCCUAGAACCCCAUCAUCAGAUGGACAGCCACCUGGCCGAUUCUAUGCAUCCAGGACUCCUCAGGUGUCUAACGCUGCGUUGGUAGUGGAGUCCCGUGGACUGAUCGACCGAGUUAGCGCCUACGGCGAUAGUAGUAUGAGUAGGAUGGAAAGCGAGGUUGAAGAUCAAGUCCUAGGACCAGCCAUUCACCAUGAGUCUUCCCCAGACCUACAAGCAGAGCCUAGCCGGUCAGAUUGUCAAUCGACCAAAGAAGAAGCCCAGACACAAGAUAUCUCCGAAUCCGGGACAAAUGACAACCUAUCAAACGACCCUGUUUGCGCGGCGCCAACUUCAAGCUUGGGUCGAGCAGAUGCGACAUCUGAAAUGCACAACGAUGACGAUCAUCAUUCUCCGUCGCGUCCAUCAGGCGACACAGGUGGGUUGGGGUGUAGCGACUUCACAGGGGAACAAACACCAUGGUCAGCCCGCCCCAGCGAAGAGGUUACGGUAACAGACCUCACGUCUGUGUCGAAUAAUCUAUGGACACCUAUCGAAAAUGGCGAUCUUGCAUCAUUGCUAUCCUUCACAGAUGAAUACUUUUUCGUUGAUGGCAAAACCAGUGGUCACCCGGAUGGGGGAGAUAAUCCUACAAAGGCAGAACUGAGCAUCAUCGGCGACGGAAGCUUGUAUAAUGAACUAGGACACGAUCGUAGCCCGUCAGCGGGAACGCUGGAUGUUCCAGAGAUAAUUGGUCCCGGGAGACCUGUCCAUAUUCAACCCCCUCGGCCAUAUCGAGUAGAGCGAGAUGCCAGUGAGGACUCCGUCGAUGAAUAUCUUCUUACGUAUCCAAUGUAUCAACGACGCUAUUUCCCUUGAUGCUUGACGGCCUCAACCGUUCAUCUACCGUUCUGACUGCGUACAAUCGUUCAGUGGUAAUUUGUGUACGAAAGCAUAUGCUGUACGGCCAUUGGAAUAUGUAUAAACUGCAUUGUUAAGGGGAUUCAUAUACUUAUUUUCCAGCCCAGCGUUUUAUAGUUUGGCUUUGGGGC